GUGGACCAUCAAGAACCUCCGCCAGCCAGGCCUAUCGCACAUGUCUGCAUUCCAUUAAAACCUGCUACGCCAACGUCAAACACAGGAGCAGUCGUUGCUGCAGACGGGGAAAACAAAGCAACUAUCUCACAACCACAAGCACAAGUUGUAUCUGCUUCUGCUGUAGUCCUUGGCCCUUCUUCAAUCCAGGAAGAUGAUGAUGUCGAACUCGAGAUUCUCAGCAAGAAGUCGAAAGCCAGACGCAAGAAGCGCACCAAAGGAACCGACAAGCGCGCAGCGAGUAAAGAAAAGACAAAAGAGUCUGCGACUUCGAAACGAGGUACUAGAACUGGAAAGAAAGAGAAAAAGUCGCGGAGAGGUCAACGUCAGGAGCUCGCU